AUGGAUUUGUUAAGUCGAUUAACCGAAUUGGAUAAGAAUAUUUUACGAAAAUCGUGGAGUGUUGUAAGCAGGGAUAAAGAAGCGUUGGCCACUGAUAUUUUUCAAAUGAUCUUUGAACAAGCACCUGAUGCAAAACUCAUGUUCAGCUUCAUGCUCAAAGAGAAAAAGGAUGAUCUUUCAAAACCGAGCUCUGAGUUCACUUUCCAUGCACUUCGAUUUAUACAGAUCAUCGAAUCAACAGUGACAUUCUUGGAAACUCCCGAGAAAGUCGAUCCAUUGUUGUUGAAUUUGGGGAAAUUGCAUGCAAGACACGAAGAACAAUUGGGUUUUCGAUCUCACUAUUGGAGUGUCUUCAAGGAAUGCACUCUUUUUCAUUUCCGCAAAUCGAUUCGAGCCGACAAAAGAUUAAACAAAAGAACGAUGGAUUCAAGAGAGAUCGAUUCAGCGAUAAUCCUCUGGAGAGAAGUUCUCACAUUCAUUGUCGAUCGAAUGAAUCAAGGACUCGAGGCAAAUGGAUUAAUAAGAAAGGCAAACAAAGAUCUAUUAGCCGAACAACGAGACCGAGAUGAGAAUGGAUCUCCAUAUGGUUCACUCUCAUCCGGUUGGUCUGGAGCCACAGAGAAAUCGAUUACACAGAUCUCUCAUAUGUUGCGUCGAACCGAAUUGAGUGCGAUUGUUCCUGAAUAUUUCCUUCGUCGACGAUCCGAUGGAUCAAUUCACGAUGAAGUGUUUUCA